AUGGAAGCCCCGCGCAGGGGACGGGCCCGCUGGCUGGGGACCCUCCUGGCCGCCUGCCUGGCCACCCUGCCGGUCAUCACCGCCUGUCCCCGGCCCUGCGCCUGCCACGGCCCCGCCGAGCUCCACUGCACCUUCCGCUACUUCAGCACCGUCCCCCCGCGCAUCCCCCCGGACGUGCAGCGCAUCAAUCUGGGCUACAACAGCCUGAGAAAACUGAGCCCCACAGACUUUGCUGGCCUGGAGAAACUGGAGUUACUGAUGCUGCACAGCAAUGAGAUCAGUGUGAUCCCUGAGAGGGUGUUCAGUGAUUUACGUUCACUACAGGUCUUAAAAAUGAGUUACAACAAGGUCAGGGUGCUUCAGCAGGGUGUGUUUUAUGGCCUGAAGAGCUUGGUACGGCUGCAUAUGGACCACAAUCAAAUUGAAUUUGUAAAUCCCAAUGUUUUCUAUGGACUCACUUCCCUGAGAUUGGUCCACCUGGAUGGAAAUUUACUUCAGCAGUUGCAUCCAGACACUUUUGUCACCUUCCACUAUAGCCAAAUAUUCAAAAUAUCCUUCCUGAAGCACAUCUCUUUGUCUGACAAUAUGCUGACUUCACUUCCACAAGAAAUGUUUUCCUACAUGUCCGAGCUUGAGAGCAUUUACCUGCAUGGAAACCCCUGGUCCUGUGAUUGCAGCCUGCAGAGGUUCACAGAGUGGGCACAGGAGAGACCAGAUGUUAUAAAGUGUAGAAAAGACAGAAGUUCUGGUGCCCAGCAAUGCCCAGUCUGUGCUAGUCCCAGAAAUCAUAAUGGGAAAAGCUUAAUGGAUCUUCCUUCUGCAUCUGUCACCUGCAAUAAGCCAGUCAUACACGACUCCCUGAAAUCCAGAAACCUCACAGUGCCAGACGAUGGGGAUUUCAGUUCCGUGUCUCCCAAGGACUUCAUAGCUCCAAUAGGAUCCAUGGUUUUGAACAUAUCUGACCAAGCAGGAAAUCGAGGCAACAUGGUUUGCAACGUCCAAAAACCUACAGAAAUGUCUCCCAUCUCAUUGGCCCAAGAUGGCAGCAGCACAGUGCUCCAAACCUCCUUCUCGGCUCUCCUGGUGUGUGGCAUCGGUCAUGGGCACAUCCAGCAGCUGUGGAGCAUCCUGGCACUGUACAGCAAUUCUCCCUUGAAACUGGAGCGGACUGUCCGGGCAGCUGAUGUGCCUUUUGUUAGUUACAAAUACAAACAGAUCUACACUGAAAAAGAUGAACUUUUCACCAAUAUUGAGGCUGACCUGAGAGCUGACCCAGCCUGGCUGAUGCAGAGCACAGUGGCACUGCAGCUGGACAGGACAGCGACCACGCUCAGCACACUGCACAUCCACUACUUCACCCGUGCCCAGGUCAGUGUGCCCAGUGCUGACAGCAACCAGGGCAGCAAUAACUGGGCCAUUAUCCACAGGGACAACAGCACCCAAAGGGAGCACGCUGUGCUAGUCGGGGGCACUGUGGAACUGGGCUGCCAGGCAGCUGGGGAGCCAGCUCCUGCUGUGGAGUGGAUAUUGGCCGAUGGGAGCAAAGUGCGAGCUCCUCACAUCAGCGAGGACGGGAGAAUCAUCGUCCUCAGAGCUGGAACACUGACCUUGCGGGCGGCUGACGUGUUUGACACGGGGCUCUACCACUGCAUCGGCUCCAACAGCAACGAUGCCGACGCUCUGACCUUCAGAAUCACAGUGGUGGAUCCUCACGUGGAACACAACAGUGUAAAUGGAGCCCAGCUGUUGGCAGCUGCUGGCAGCACACUCCACCUGCCCUGCACAGCCACGGCUGCUCCGGACGCUGCCAUCACCUGGGUGCUGCCUGAGCUCACAAUCCUUCGUCAGUCUGUAGGAAACAAACAUGUCUUUGGCAAUGGCACCUUGAGACUACAAGGGGUGACAGAGCGAGACGGAGGGUACUUCCGAUGCAUUGCAGCCAACCAGUACGGUGUUGACCUUUUGGUUUUCCAAGUGCUAGUGAAACAGGAUGAGACCGCUCCAAAGAAAAGGCUCGGAGCUGUGGGAGAGUGGGAAGAGGGUGACGGCUCUGGCAAUGCGCUGCUGGGCUCUGCUGCAGCACAGGCACAUCCCUCAGCCACUCCAGCCACCCCCACAGCUCAUCUGAGAUCUGCUGCAUCAGCAGCCAGCAGCCAGGGCACGCAGAGCGCACGUCAAAGGAACAGCCACGGGAAAAUGCCUCGCAGGCCCUCCAGGGACAGAACAGGCAGGCUCAGGCGGCUCAGGGGGCACAGGAGACAGUUUAUUUCCUCAGGCAGGAGAGUCGAUCCACAGCGCUGGGCAGCCUUGUUGGAGAAAACGAAGAGAAACUCAACACUGACAGACAAACGAGGAGAAGUUGCAACGGAACCACCCACUCAAGUCCGAAAGUUCUCAGAGGUACCUGAGGAUGAGGAGACAUCUGGUGAUCUGAGGUCUCCAGAAGAAGAAUUCAUGAUGCCAGUAACAGAGAGAGCCCCAGUACCUGCUCUGGGGAGACCAAUGGAACGUGUGAUUGCUGCAGGGCCCGAGGGCACCGUGAGCCACACUCCUGCCAGGAAAACCCCCCUCCCGGUCACAGAGGCAGGAACUCCUCUGCCCUCUCCUCUUCCACAGUCUGUGUCACCUGGCAGCAGAAGGCCACAAACAUAUCCAAAACCUACAGACUCAUGGGAAAGAUCUGACUUGAGUCAAAUAUCAGCAAAUGGUGUGAAACAAUCAACUGUAUCAAGUGGAGCAAGUGGAACAUCCACACUCUUCCCUGCUGGGCAAAGGCUGGUGUAUUCUGGGCAAAGUAAUGAACAGCACCUAAAAUCUGCAUCCACGACACCCACGACAGAAGCUACAGACACCAGUAAGGCUGUAGCUCCCCAAAACACAACUGACAAGAUACAUGUUUUUACUGAGUCCAUUGAUAAAGUUUCCACCAAAACAGAUCACCAGGUCCCUGUGAUGACAGUCAGUGCAGCAAGCCCUGAGUUUGGUCCUGUUUAUUCUCAUAGUGCUCAGAAAGGAGGAACCUCUAAACCACCAUUGACCUCAACUAUGACUACUCAUCAGCAAAUUCGGGUUAUCCAGGACAUUCCAACUCACACACCCCCGCUCCAGCAGCAGUACGGAAGACGAAGGAAAAUUUCUGGUCGGAGACGAAUUGUGAGGCCAGGACAUAUCCCAGGUAUGAAAGAGCACCGAUACAAUUUUGGGAGGGCAGGGUCUGCCAGAGGAAGUACAGCUGUGGCUGCAGGUGUUCAACUGAAUAUGAAAUAUGUAUCAAAUGUACCAACUUUAAAUAAUUUAAGCAGCUCCAUCAAUUCAUUUAGCCCAGAAGCCCCCCUGUCCUCCCCCUCCACCAUGAAUUUGCCAUUGGAGCAAGUGGUUACCCAUCAAAACACAUUGUUCCUCAAGGAAGAGGAGAAUGAACACGGUGCAAAGAAAAAAGCUGCUACCACAGUCAUGUCUAUCACUACAAAGGGCACUGCUACUACUUGCAACCCUACCAGACUGUUGGGUUUGAAGCCAACAGUCACAUCUGUUAUUACUCCUCAAUCUGACACCAGAAUCACCAAAAGUAAAACAUUCAGAGUGGGAGGAAGGAGAGGUCAGAGGAGGAAGAAGCCUCCUAAAGUAUCUGCCCCACAGCGUGUGGCUGCAGCCCACAGCACUGCAGCCACCUCCUCCGUGAGCACAGCCACCCCCGUGGUGACACAAGGUACAUCACCAGCUGUGCCUCCAAGUCUUACACCUGCAAAACCUCUCCCUGGGAGCGUCAGCCCAAUCUCUGUGACCAAAACACCAGCACUGUGGAGCUCUGACACCCCAGAGCCACCUCAGCAUGUGCCCACGGCAGCCACACAGACAUUGGUGACCCUGGUCACACAGAGGAAUGCCCAGCUGGCCACGUCACUGCCCACUAGUCUGACUGCUCACAGCCCCACCAUGGCACUCCAAACCACACCAGUCACAACAAGGAACACCCAGCUGACCACAGCACAACCUGUCAGUCCUGCCCAGACCUCCACCAUAGCUCUCCAAAUCCCACUGUGGCUGGGUGAGCCUCCCGAUGCUGCACGUGCCCAACCUGCUGCAGUCAAUGCCACAGCAGAGUCAGCACCUGCUCAGCACAUCAGAGCCACUGCCACGGCAGGACGAGAAUUCUACCUGAAAAUGGGGGAGACAGUUAUCCAGGAAAACCAGGCAGCACAGCCCACAUUCCCAGCAAGAACUGUGUCAAGGGCUCCUGCUGCACUCACAGACAUCAUCAUUCCCAGCACUCAGCAUCCCACCCCUCAGCCAGCCCCAAUGGCAGCUGUGCCACUUGCACCUACUGUGAGAGCCCCCCUGCCUCCAUGGGAGGAUGUCCAGUUGUGGCCCAAGCCACCUACCAAAGGCACGGAGAGGGGCAACACACUGACUGUCAGGACACCGACCACUCCAAAGUCAUCACAGAUUGCAGAUCCCCGGGGAAGGGACAAGGACAGCUCUGGCAGAGGCUGGUCUGAAUGGAGACAAGAUCAAGAAACCACCACCACCCCCAGUCCCUUUGCCUUGGGCUCUGCAAGCAAAAACCAUUUUGCAAAGCCCAGAAUAGUUGGAGGGAAAUUGGCUGCUUUCACUGUGCUGGCAAAUUCUGACGCUUUUAUUCCUUGUGAAGCUACUGGGAACCCCCGUCCAACAAUACAGUGGACCAAGAUACCAUCAGGGGCCGAGGCUCCGGGGCGCGGCGGUGCCGGCAGGUGGGUGGUGUUUGCCAACGGGACGCUGUCCAUCCCGCAGGUGGGCCUGGGGGACGGCGGGCAGUACCUGUGCACCGCGGCCAACGCGCUGGGCACGGCGCGGCUCCUGCUCACCCUGUCGGUGCUGGCCUACCCGCCCCGCAUCGCCGGCAGCCGCCACCGGCUCCUCACCGCGCACUCCGGCAACACCGUGGCGGUGGCGUGCAAGGCCGAGGGCAGGCCCCCUCCCACCAUCUCCUGGGUUCUGGCAAAUAAAACCCACCUCUCCGGCUCCUCCGCGGGAAACGACAGAGCUGGCGUGGAAGCAGAUGGCACUUUAGUUAUCCGGGAGGUCACUGUGUACGACAGGGGCCUCUACACCUGCCUGGCCAAAAACCCUGCGGGCACCGACACGCUGGCUCUGAAGCUGCAGGUUGUUGUGGCCCCUCCCACCAUUCUGGAGGAGAAGAGACAAAGCAUGGAAGGAAAGAUGGGGGAAAGCCUGGAAUUCCCUUGCACAGUGCAAGGGAAGCCUCAGCCCACCGUCCACUGGGUCCUCCCCGAUGGCACGGCAGUGAAGCCUCUGCAGUUGGUACACACGAGGCUGUUCCUGUUCUCCAAUGGCACCCUCCACCUGGGCAGCAUCGGCCCUUCCGACAGCGGGAACUACGAGUGCAUAGCCACGAGCUCCAGCGGCUCGGACAGGAGGGUGGUCAGCCUCGUGGUGGAGCACAGGGACACGCUUCCAAAAAUAGCCAUCGCCUCUAAAGAACUGACUCACCUGAAUUACGGAGAUAAGCUGCUUCUGAACUGCACAGCAACGGGGGAGCCCAAGCCCAGGAUCAUGUGGAGGUUGCCUUCCAAGGCUGUUGUGGACCAGUGGCACAGAAUGGGAAGUCGGAUCCAUGUCUACCCCAACGGAUCCCUGACUGUUGAGGCAGUUACUGAAAAGGACGCAGGUGAUUAUCUGUGUGUCGCAAGAAACAGAAUUGGGGAUGAUCUGAUACUGAUGAAAGUCAGCAUCACAAUGAAACCAGCCAAGAUUGACCACAAGCAGCACUUCAAGAAACUGGUGCCAUACGGCAAGGAUUUCAGAGUGGACUGCAAGGCCUCAGGGUCGCCCACACCAGAAAUAUCUUGGGGUCUGCCAGAUGGAACGUUGGUCAACAACGCGAUGCUGGCGGAUGACAGCGGGCACAGGUCCCGCAGGUACGUCCUCUUUGACAACGGGACUCUGUACCUCAACAAAGCUGGAGUGGCAGAAGGAGGAGAUUACACCUGCUAUGCCCAAAACACUCUGGGGAGGGAUGAGAUGAAGAUCCGUGUCAUGGUCAUCGUGGCAGCCCCUCGGAUAAAGCACAAUCACAAGACGUAUGUUACAGUGUCAGCUGGGCACACGGCACUGCUGGACUGCGAGGCUGCUGGAGAUCCCAGGCCACAGAUAUUCUGGUUGCUGCCUUCCACUGAGAUGAUCUCCUUGUCCACAGACAGACACUCCCUGCACACCAACGGCUCUCUCUCCAUCAGCCACACCAAACUGCUGGAUGCUGGGGAGUACAUGUGUGUGGCUCGGAACCCUGGUGGGGAUGACACCAAACUGUAUAAGCUGGAUGUGGCUGGUAAACCCCCCAUCAUAAACGGUUUAUACAGGAACAAAACAAUCAUGAAGGUGACGGCAGUGAGACACUCAAAGAAACACAUUGACUGCCGGGCAGAGGGGACACCUCCCCCUCAGAUUAUGUGGAUCAUGCCUGAUAACAUUUUCCUAACAGCCCCAUAUUAUGGGAGCAGGAUUUCAGUGCACAAAAACGGGACACUCGAGAUUCGGAAUAUCAGGCCUUCGGACACGGCAGAUUUUAUCUGUGUGGCACGUAACGAUGCGGGAGAGAGCGUGCUGGUGGUGCAGCUGGAGGUCACAGAAAUGCUACGGCGACCAAUGUUCAAAAACCCAUUCAACGAAAAAAUAAUAGCAAAACCUGGGAAAACUACCACACUGAACUGCUCUGUGGAUGGAAACCCUCCCCCAGACAUAAGCUGGAUGCUGCCCAAUGGCACGUGGUUUUCCAGCAGCAUCAGCACGUCCCAGUUUCUCACGGGAAGCAACGGGACCCUGACCAUCUAUAAUCCCGGGAGAGACCAAGCCGGGCGGUACCGCUGCGCUGCCCGGAACAAGGUUGGCUAUAUCGAAAAGCUGAUCAUCCUGGAGGUUGCCCAGAAGCCCAACAUCCUCGCCCACCCUGUGGGGCUGGUGAAGGGUGUCAGCGGGGAGCCGCUGUCACUUCACUGCCUGGCCGAGGGGAGCCCCAAGCCCAGCACGGCGUGGACACUGCCGGGGGGCCGCGUGCUGGACCGGCCGCAGGUCAGCGGGAGGUUCCUGCUGCUGGAGAACGGCACCCUGCUCAUCCGGGAGGCCACCGCCCACGACGGGGGCAAUUACGUGUGCAGGGCCCGCAAUGCCGCCGGAGACUCCUCCGUGACCGUGCCCGUCACCGUCGCGGCCUACGCCCCGCGGAUCACGGGCAGGCCCCCGCCCGCCCUGCACACGGUGCCGGGGGCCGCGGUCCAGCUGCACUGCGCAGCGCUGGGGAUACCCAAACCACACAUUACCUGGGAGUUACCUGACCGCUCCAUCCUCUCCACAGCCCACCAGGGCCGAGGGUCUGGGGGCGAGCUGCUUCACCCCACGGGCACUUUGUUCCUCCAGAAUCCCCAGCCCUCCAAUUCCGGCCCGUACAAGUGCACGGCGAGGAACCCCCUUGGCAGCGACUUCGCAGUAACAUAUGUCCACGUCAUCUAAGUCAGAAAUGCAGCAGGAAUGAUGGUGAACACAGGCUGCAGCUGGACUGAGGUCAUCCUUGGAAUGAGUUUAAGCAAAGGCAGCCAAAGGCAUGUGAGUGCCUGAAAACACUUACAGUGUUCAGUCUGCAAUGACUGGACAAAAGGAGAGAGGAAGGGAAAAUUAGCUCUAGCGUUAUUAGCUAGCAUUGGUUCUCUCCACGUUCAAGGGAUUUAAAUUAAAGUAAACUCUGCCAGCAAACAUAGACUAUCAAACACAAUUUACUUUCUGGAAAUGUACACAGAGAGCUCCUGUAUGGACAGAAUUUUUCAUAUCAGUUCAAUUACUGCCCACCUGGUAUGACUCUCAUAAGCACAGAUCACAGAGGGCACGAACAUCUGGGAACUGAAGAGCAGGUUUAUUGGGAUGCAGAUUACUUUGUUAAUGUGUUUUAAUAUUUAGUAUAUUUUUUAAAUAAAUAUUUC